UUACAUCUCACCAGUUCACAUGUCCCUGAAACAUGUGCUACUGUCUCAGCUAAUCUUAUGGUUAGGGUACUUUUCGUGUACAGAAUAACUCCGCCUCCCCUUCAGUUUAACCUAUCAGCCCUGCUGGUUAUGAAACCAGUCAACUGGAUUUCACUAUCUAAUACUUCUGACGCAAACCAAGUUUCCGAGACAGCAAUAACAUCCGAUUUUUCUUUAUCGACCACUGACUUGAGCUCCACCAUUUUAUUUAGAAGGCUGCGAGCAUUUGUGUAGCAUACCUUUAAGUCUGUGGAGAGCUUUCUCUUGCCACCCGGAGAAAUCCAUAGCAAUUAGGAAUAACACGAACGUGAGAUGGAGAUGACAUAAUAAUCGAAAUAAAAAUUUGUUAGUUUAAGGUUUCGGACGCGUUUCAGUUUUUUUUGGAGGGGCUUAGUUAGUUCUUACGAAUUACCAGUGUAAUUACAUUGGUUGUUUCACAUGUUGUUAGCGGGGCAUAGACUGGAUUAAAGCAUGCUCAAUGCACGAUUGCUUUGGUGCACGCUGAUUGGCUAAUUCUUGUCCAAUCAGCACUAGUCGAUAAUCGGAGAAUACUCUAGAAUCUUCUCAUGUAAAAACCAUAAAUAUACUAACGUUUUCUCUAUUGUGCUUCUUACUUGCAUCUCACUUCCAUCUAACCUUGUUAUUUGGAAUAUGAUCUCCUUUCUGUUCGACCGUGUUCUGAUUUGGGGUCUUGUCGAGUGAUUUGGUGUCCAAGAAUACUAAGUAAUAGCAAUAGCUGGGUCAUAAAUACUAUUGUUAUGAAGAAAGCUCCGUACGACAAAAAUGCUCCAAGGCGACCUCUUUCAGCAUUUAUGUUGUUCAUGAAAAAGCGCAGACAAGAAUCAGAAUAUAUUGCUUCGCAGUCAUUUUCAGAUAGAAAUCGUAUUAUUGCUACUGAAUGGGCUGCUCUAUCUGCUGAAGAGAAACAAGUAUAUACUGACCAAGCUGCCGAAGAUCGUGAGUUAUACAAAAAAUUGUUUGCUGAAUACAAAACGACUGAUAAUUACAAGAAAUGGUUAGCUUCCAAUGAAACGGUCAAUGCUAACGGGCCCAAAGCUGGAUGUAAACGACCAGUAAAACAAAUAUCACAUACUAAAAACAAUGACAUAGAAGCAGAUUGCAAAAUUUCAAUAUUUACUCAUGAAUUUCUGGAAUACAACAGACUUCGUGAAGUUAUCUUGCGUCAAUUGAAGAAACACGUAUCACAACUUGAAGAAGAAACCGCUCUACUAAGUAAACAUGUGGAAAAUCUUGUAAAUGCUGAAAAUCGGACAAAAAAUCAAAUUAAUACAACGAAGGAAUUACUAACCAAUGAAGAAAAUUUAUUGAAACAGCUAUGUAAAGAGUUAACAGUUGCUUUAAGCGAUGUCACUUUAUCCAAUAAUACAUCCGAUAUAAGUUUAAAAGGAAUUGAACGUAUUACAGAAACUAGUGUAGAAUCUUUUCUUUCAAAAUUAGAAUCAUUAAAAAAUUCUUCAUCUUAUAUAGAAUUAUCAUCAAAAAUUAUACAAUCUAUUCGUUUAGCUUGUCAAAAGAAAAUAAUUAAAUUGUUAAUUUAUGAAAUAAAUUAA